GGAGGAACUGGGGCCAAUUAGGUUUGAGCAACAUGGACACAAAGAAGUGAUGAAGGAAGCCGAAGAACUAUAUGGAGCACCGGUCGAGAAACCUUGGGCCCGUUGAUUCUCGUAUCCUUUCAAGGCCUCCUAGAACUGUUAAAACUCUUUACGGAAAGGCUUUGGUUCUUCAUCACUGCUACCUCUUUUCUCUGUGUACCACAAGAAAUGUUCUUGACCGUAUCUCUUUUCUGUGCUUUCGCGCUUCUUAUUAUCCUGUAUCCCAACCGUUCAGUCGGGGUGUCAGCUCGAAAUAAUAUCCCUGGCCCAAGCGGUCUUCCCUGUAUUGGCAAUCUACUACAAGUUUUUCCAUACAGGCGACGAAUGAUAUCCUUCAUGGAACUUUUGAACAAGGUCUACGGUCCCUUGUCAACUUUUACCAUCCCAGGAUGGGGUCGUCUGGUUGUGAUAAACCGUCCUGAAUGGCUUGCGCAUGUCAAAAAGAAUGACAUUUCAAUGUACACCAGAGGACCAGUGGCCGUAUCUAUAUUCGAGCAGUUCCCUGGGUUAGGAACGCCUGUUGCUUCCGAAGGAGAGAAAUGGAGAGCCUCUCGCAAGGCCAUACAACCCAUUUUUGGAGUAAAGUCCUUUCAAGACCACCUCGCUACUGCUAUGAGUGAUCUUAUGCCGACUACGACACGUUUUUUGGCGAACGCCGCGAAGGAUCAACUUCCGUUUGACUGGAACGACUUUUCUGGGCGCUUGGCGCUGUCAAUUUUUGUCAAGAGCAACUUUAAUCUCGAUACAACGAUGCUGCAAGAGGACCCCAAAGCCUUGACAGACUCUCAUGAGCUGAUUUCGUCUAUCUGUGAACUCAACGAGAUCUCCGCCGCGCGUUUAUUCAAUCCGUACUGGUACAUAACUGAAAAGCUUGACGGAACUUGGUUCAGAUUCAGAAGGACUAUAUCUGUCCUAUGGAAAACGAUCGACGGCCUCAUCGAAGAACGAUCAAAGUCUCUCGCUCUCGCUGGAGAUGUCGACAGCCAAGAGACCGAUUUCUUUUCCACCUUUCUGAAAUCGCAUUCAGAGACUGAUCCUAUCUUCACCCGGAACAUAAUGGUUACCCUUUUGUUCGGAGGUCGUGACAAUACACAGAACAGCAUCUCAUGGGCGCUGUAUGAAUUGUCAAGGCAACCGGAGUGGCUGAACCGAAUGCGGGAAGAGGCCAUCGCAUUGGGACAGUCGGGCCAACAUCCCACUUUUGCGACAUUACCGUCUUAUGUAAUCCAUUUGGCGGUGUUCUACGAGACAGUUCGUCUGUGGCCUGGCCUGCCUAAGAAUGCGCGAUACGCCACUGUCGAUGAUAUACUCCCAGCAGUACCUGAGCUUUCCAUUCCCGAGACCAACAUUGAAAAAGGAACGUAUGUCCUAUGGUCGGACAAAAUAAUCAUGAGAGAUCCUUUGGUCUGGGGACCAGAUGCAGACGAAUUCAAUCCCGGGAGGCACAUCUCUGACGAUGGAAAAUUCGUCAAGCCUUCUGCUCCCGAGUUUAUAACCUUCGGUGCGGGACCGCGCUAUUGCCCUGCUGCCAGCAUUGUCCCCUACGAAUGGGUAUUUAUCUGGUCCACAUUGCUCCGUCUUUUCGACUUCGAGUUUCUUGAUACCUCGAAAAGAACCACUGGCGACUUCUUGACGAACCAGAUGGCGGAUCCGUUUAUGGUACGAGUCCGCGAAAGGGAAGCGUGAGAUUUUUAUCUAGGAAGACUGUUUUUGCCAGUGGAGAGGAAUGCAGUUACAUAAUGAAUAUAUCAGUUUUACCAUUGCCCCUGCUCUGGUAAGUUACUGUGUACAAAUAACAAUCUGUCUAUGGGUCUAGUUGUAUGAAUUCUAUGCAUUCAUCAACGCGUCUCGGUGGAACUUAUAAAAGCGAAAUCGAUAUCGCGGUUAUAGCUCUA